CCCUAGUCCGGUCCGGUCCCGCAGUUACCAUAGAGACGGCGACGACGACUGAGGCGCCACCGCCGUCUGGUUGCAAGCCAUGGGCCGGAGUCCGCUGCUGAGCUGUGCUGGGCUGAGCCGGAGGGGGCCGCGGUAAUAAUAUUCCCCUUCUUCCUCCUCCUUCUCCUCCUUUCUUUCGCCCGAAGGCUCCCCAGAAAGAGUUUCCCCGAGUCGGUCCCGCUCGCAGGCUGAGGAGGCAGGGGUGCCGCUUGCGUUCCAGCCUCUGCUUAAAUGGAAGCCACCUCUGGGAACUUGAUGGUCUCUACUGACAUAGGCUUUGCAUAGCAGCUGUACCACCCCAGAGAUUGCAAUGAGUGGAGGAGGGGAACAGCCGGAUAUUCUUACUGUGGGAAUAUUGGUAAAAGAAAGAUGGAAAGUGUUAAAGAAGAUUGGAGGUGGAGGAUUUGGAGAAAUUUACGAUGCAAUGGAUGUGCUUACUCGAGAGAAUGUUGCCCUGAAGGUCGAGUCAGCGCAGCAGCCAAAGCAAGUUCUGAAAAUGGAAGUAGCUGUGUUGAAAAAACUGCAAGGGAAAGAUCAUAUUUGUCGAUUCGUUGGCUGUGGGAGAAAUGACAGAUUUAAUUAUGUGGUCAUGCAAUUGCAGGGGCGGAACUUGGCAGAUCUGCGUCGAAGCCAAACUAGAGGGACUUUCACAAUUAGUACUACUUUACGUCUUGGCAAGCAAAUUCUGGAAUCUAUUGAGAGCAUUCAUUUGGUGGGAUUUUUACAUAGAGAUAUUAAGCCAUCUAAUUUUGCUAUGGGACGCUUUCCUAGCACUUGGAGGAAGUGUUAUAUGCUGGAUUUUGGCUUGGCACGUCAGUUUACAAACUCAUGUGGGGAUGUCAGACCACCCCGAGCUGUUGCCGGUUUUAGAGGUACAGUGCGGUAUGCAUCAGUCAAUGCUCACAGAAAUAGAGAAAUGGGACGUCAUGAUGAUCUUUGGUCUUUGUUUUACAUGUUGGUGGAGUUCGUUGUUGGGCAACUGCCCUGGAGAAAAAUUAAAGACAAGGAGCAAGUAGGCUCUAUAAAAGAGAGGUAUGAUCACCGGCUGAUGCUGAAACAUCUCCCUCAAGAAUUUAACAUCUUUCUAGAUCACAUUUCUGCUUUAGACUAUUUUACUAAACCUGAUUACCAGCUUCUCAUGUCCGUCUUUGAUAAUAGCAUGAAGACCUUUGGGGUGACAGAGAGUGAUCUUUUUGACUGGGAAAAGAGUGGGGCUGAUGGCUCUCUCACUACUACCACUACUUCAACUACUCCUCAGCUGCAUACUCGUCUGACCCCAGCUGCAAUAGGAAUUGCCAAUGCUACACCAAUACCAGGAGAUUUAUUACGAGAGAAUACAGAUGAAGUAUUUCCUGAUGAACAGCUCAGUGAUGGUGAGAAUGGUAUCCCUAUUGGAAUCUCACCAGAAAAGUUACCAGAGUCUCCUGGACAUCGUCUUCAGGAAAAGGAUGUGUGGGAAGAAAUGGAUGCUAACAGGAAUAAGAUUAAGUUGGGUAUCCAUAAAGCUACCACAGAAGAAGAAAACAGUCAUGGGCCAAUUAAUGGAAUGUUUAAUGCACCAAGCCUUGGUUCUCCAAUUAGAGUCCGUUCAGAGACCACACAGCCAGAUCGGAAUGUUCCUCUGGUUCGAAAGUUACGAUCAAUCCAUAGUUUUGAACUGGAGAAACGCCUGACUUUGGAGUCAAAGCCAGAUGCAGAUAAAUUUCUGGAAAUCUGCAUGGAGAAAAAGAAAAGAGAGCUUAAUGGUGGCAAAGAACCUGUAAUUGCAGCUUCUCAGAAAACACGUGCUCCUGCAGCUUCUUCAUGUCAGGAGCAUGUCUGGCAUUAUGAUGAAGAGUAUCUGCCUGAAGCUUCCAAGCCGGUUUCAGGUACUUCUCCAGAACAGGGUGAUGGUGGUGUUAGCAACGGAUAUGUCGCUGUCAAUUUGAAUUCCUGCCAGCAGGAAGUAGACUCCAAGGAAUGGGUGAUUGUUGAUAAAGAGCAGGACCUUCAGGAUUUCAGAACUAAUGGUGUUAUGGGGCAUAAAACAACUGGAAGUCCUUCUGAUGAAGAGCCUGAGGUGCUCCAGGUUUUUGAAGAGUCCCCCCAAGAGGAUAAACUUAGACUUCAAACCAAGCAUACAGCUGACGGAGCAGCACUUGACUUAGGUGCUGAAUGUUGUGGAAUUGCAGCUUCUGAACAGUUUACAGAUCAACUAGAACUCCCAGUUGGAAUUGCUGGCCAUGUUCUUGCUGUCACACCUACAAGCCUAAUGGAGGCACAAGCAGAAGGGGCUCUUACUCCACUCAGCUCACUUCAUAUGUCGCAUUUCUCCAUCCCACGAAUCUCAAGCCCCAUCAUCUUCCGUACCCUGAGCCCUAUAGCCCACUUCACCACCCAUAUGGACCCUAAGAAAGUGACAAGCUUUCCAAGGAGUCAGUCAGCAGAGAGCCACUCUUCCUCUUCCUGGUCACCUGCCCGUAGGCAACUUCCUGUUAUUCCCACUGGAAACAAGUUUCCCCCUGUCAUUCACAUCUCAAAAGCACAACUCCAGCAGGUUACAAUCCCCAGGCCAUCAAUGGCAUCCACACAAUCUACUUCUGAGAGUUUUCAUUACGGGCAGCAUCUAGACAAGAAAGAUCGGGACCCUCAGCUUUUGGAACAUACAGUUGAACUUUCCUCCCCUAAGGAGAAUGUUGUUGGCUUAGUGGAGGGAAAUUGUGCAUUGAAUUUUAGCAGCAGUAGAACAGAUUUAGUUCUCAAAUUAGAUUGUAACCAAGGGACACUUGAUAAAGAUAUUGAUGAAGGCAUUGAGAAUCAGAAUAAUAGCCAAACGAACCUACUUGAACAAUACAUGAAGAAACAAGGAGAGAGGGAAAAUGUGAAUCUUGUUGAAGAAAUAGAAGACAGAGAGCCUUUCAUUGCUUGUGAAGAUGCUAUUGAAAUACAAAUUAAAGAACCAUGCUUAACUGCUUCAGGAAGCACAGAAUCUGUUUUGGAUGGACCUCAGGUCAUUACAGACCCAGAAGAACCAAGACCCUUGAUUACCUGCUCAUUACUAAAUCAGGUUACAAAACAGGAAUUACAUAAACAGUCAGCUGCUGAAACAUCAGACGUUUCUCUGUCAAGAAGUACUGACCUAUUUGCUCACAGACGGGAAAGUCAAGUAAUACAAGUACAAGAAAAUGGCUUCCAUGAUGAGGAUAUUGAUCAUGCUAAGGAAUUGCAAUGCCAGCAAGUGAAGCUUGCCACACUUUUACAUGAAAAGGAAAAAGAAGAGCAAAGUAUUCAAAGAAAUGGAGAACUAUUCUAUUCUAUUUCAGAAAAUGAAAGUUCUAGUCAGUCCAAAAAAGAAUUAGUUAGAUCACCAUUUGUAGCUAGGCAGAGUCGGAUACCAGUUUUAGCACAAGAGAUAGAUUCCUCAUCAGAGUCUUCACCUGUUUCAGCAAAGGAGAAACUACUUUUAAAAAAGGCCCACCAAACAGACUUGGUUAGACUACUGGUAGAAAAGAGACAGCUCAGAUCUUUCCUGGGUGACCUUUCAAGUGCCUCCGACAAGUCAUUGAAGGAAAAAGUAGUUGCAGGUCCCAUACCAUUUUCAGAAGAUGUAUUGUCCUCCUUUUCCAAAUUAACAUUGGACACUCAUUUACGGAGCCAAGUAGAAGAGAGCUUUUUGUCAUCAAGUAAUCCUCAACCCAGAAAGAGCAAAAUACCAAGACCUGUAUCUUGGACUACUACAGAUCAUGUUAGCAGUUCAAAUUCAGCUCAGUUUUUUCCUCGGCCACCACCAGGAAGGCCACCAACAAGAUCUGGAGUAGAAGUUAGGUUGCGGAGGUACAAAGUGCUAGGAAGUAGCAGUUCUGAUUCAGACUUGAUCUCCCGUCUGGCUCAGAUCCUUCAGAAUGGAUCUCAAAAACCACGAAGCCCUUCACAGUCUAAGAGUCCAGGAUCUCCACAUAGCCCCAAGACACCACCCAAAAGCCCAGUCAUUCCCAGACGCAGUCCCAGUGCCUCCCCUAGGAGCUCUUCUCUGCCCCGUACUGCCAGUUCUUCACCAUCUCGGGGUGGAAGGCCACACCAUGACCAGAGAAGUUCGUCCCCACAUCUUGGAAGGAGUAAAUCACCUCCUAGUCUUUCAGGCUCUUCAUCUUCCAGGAGAUCCUGUCAACAAGAGCACUGCUACAACAAAUCUAGCAAGAAUGGUCUGAAAGGAUCUAGUGGCUCUUGUCAUCACUCUUCUAGCAUUAAACCUCCCACUGGGAAGAACAAAUCAGCCAAUAAACUUAGCAGAUAGGAACUGAGUCUUGUCAGGUGUCAACCCCCCUCCCCUUUAAUCUAAUGCAUGUUGUGUCUGUGUACUAUGUAUUUAAAAAAAGGGAACGUCUUCAAAGAUUAGCAUUUAUCCUGACUUUCAGAGAAAAACAACUUUUAAGAUGAAUUAUUUAUAUGGCUCACUUUGUAUAGGAGUGGCCAGGCAUUGCCUAGGAAAGGGCAGCAAGCAGAUCAGGGAGGCUGGAGAGCAGAGGCCGUGCAACCAGGAAGUCCAGUUGGAACCACAUUGUUUGGGAGAUUAGUGUUAUAAUACGAUUUUGCUUUCCCUUUUAUUUAUUAAAAAGAUAAGCUGACUUCAGAUGUUCAUCAAGGAAAAUCAUAAAACUUGAAAGAAAUUUACUGGGACACCACCAUGUUUGAGGUAUCAAUCAGCUGCCAUGUUUUUAAAAAUUUUAAAAAGCACAUUAUUUGGGACAGCAAUAUUCCACAAAGUCUUCUGUUUAAUAUUGGCCUUUUUCACAUAACAUUUCAAUUUGCCCAUUGCCCAUAUUCCUUCUUGAUUUAUAAUUACUCCAUAAAAAGAAAAAAAAAACCCUUGUGCCACUAAAUAUUUAAAUGAACUACAUUUAGUAUUUAUAUAACUUCACAGGAUUACAACCCUGAAUUUUAAGAGCUUGGGGUAGCAGUGCAUGCUUAUAUUUACUCAUCCCAAUGCUUCUAUUAUCUGCUCAGGUUUUGAUCCAUGGACAAUUUGAUUACAUCUCUGUUUAUCAAUUUCUAGGGCCAGAUCCAGUUAUAAAAUAAAAGUCAGGAGAUAAUAAUCUUAAAUUAUGAUAGAAAAACAGAAGAGUAUGGGAUCAUGUAACGUCUUUAUAGUUACAUUAGAAUGCAAUAGCUUCUCAGGGCAUCACUGAGAGAGCCGGUGUAAAACUUAACUAGAAUCUGUCCAUCAGGUAUGAAACGUUUCACUCACUUAACUUUACUAUAGUGUUCAUCUCCAGUGUUACCAAACUGAAGAAGAGGCGAAAUGUUUACACAUUUAAACUUACUUGAAACUUCAUCCUUAAUCUAGAAAAAAAUUGAAGCUUUAACCUUCUUCAUAAAGGUGACUUUAUACACGUGAAGUAUGCUAGAGAAAAUUAGUUCCUUUAUUUUCUUUAGAAUCUAGGAGAUAAUACUUGAUAGUAGAUCUAAAGGAUAAGGUUACAGGACUGUGUCUCUAAUGUUAGUGUCUCUAAUCCUAUAUUGUAUAGAAAAAGGUGGUCUGCUCAUUUGCCCAAUAUGCACAGAGCCAAUAUCUGACCAAUAGUGCUGUAUCUAUGAAAAGGGGAUCCCAGCAGCCUCAUAAUUUCUCUGUAGUGGAGGUAUACAUAGUUAUGUCCCCCCCUCCAAAAUAUGCUUGAUUUGAAAUAUGGAAAAGAGGACACUGAAACUUGUUUUUAGAAAUAGUCUUCCAUUUCCCAAAUAUUACUUUCUGAAUAAGAUCAGUGGCUUCUAGUUUCCCCAAACAUAGGUGUGAUUGAUUUAGAUUGCCAGAUUCAGAAAUCAGUGAUGGAAUGGAAUAAAAUGCAGAAUGUAUUAAAGUAAAUAUAACCAGUUUCUUGAAUGGAGAUCUGGAUUAGAAGAUACUAAAUAUAGGAGGAACUUUGGCAAUUACUGAUCUGCUUGCUAUAGUCAUACGCCUUAGCCAGCAUAAAUUCUUUUUAAUUUAAUGUUAUUUUAUUUGCUGCCAAAAUUGUAUCUCUGGAUGAAAAAGGGAACAUUUUCUCUGUGAGCUAACACAUUUCUAAUGCUGCAUUGAAGCUGCACUGAAUUUCUCUUGUUCUGUCAGAAUGUGUUGGAAAUUUUUUACUCUUAAAUAUGUAUUUUUUCCCAUAAGUAAUGUAGCACAGUGUGGAAUCGUAGCCUCAUUCAGGUUUCAAGCACUACAGAAGGAGUGCAAUAGCUAGAGCAUAUCUGCUAUAUCUUGAGAAACUGAACGAUUUAAAAGAUCUGUUGUAUUAUAUUGUAUAAUAGGUGCUAUACCAAUAACUGCAUGUUCUCAUAGUAAGUUAUAUAUUAUAAAUAUUUAUAAAUAUAUACAUACACACACAUAUAUGUUUCUAUAUACUUUCCUGAUUCUCCCAUUACAUUUGUAAAAUUAUGGACCACAGAUCAUGCUGUAUUCUUUCAGUUACGUGCCUGAAUUAUAUGCCCUUGGCCUUGCUAUUCCCGUUUGCUGGCAUGCACAAAGCUGAAUAUUUUUCCAUACUCAGUUCAGAACUGAAAGAGUACUCAAAAAUGAGUCACUCAGCAAUUGGGUGUUUCAUAUCAGCAUUGACAGUUCACUUUUACAAUUCUGAAUAAAAUGGAAGGACUUUGAGAAACUAUGCGUUUAAUAGCCAAGGUCAGUGUAUGGUCUUGAUUUUGUCUCUUCAUCCUCUUUCUGUAUCUUUCUAUCCCCUUAUGAGAACCUUUUCUGUUAAAGUAUUUGUCAUGAUGCUGGGUGAUGAUAAAUAGAUAUGUGUGAUAUGAAGAAGUCUAGACUUUGUCUUGAUCUUGCCUUGUCAGCUGUCACCCCUGUUCUCCAGUUUUCUGUGAUGCUGCUGAGACGCCCUCUUGAGGCUAUAGUCCAAGCACUCAGUUUUUUUACAUUUAUCAGCUCUAUAGAGAUACAUUCAGCCAAGCAAGUUAUUCCAAUAGCGUAUGUGCUUGAAAUAUCUACAUGAUCAGCCCUUUUCUGAAAUGCCUCGUAAGUGCUUCCAGGGAAUAUAUUGGGAGGCUGUAUAAUUUGUGUUGAAUCAGAUGUAUAGAAACAACAAAGCUAUAUGAAUUCUUUAUGAUAAUUCCUUUUUUGGGAGGAGGGGAGGUGAGGCACUUACUGAUAUCAAUUAUCUGGUUUCUCAAGUCCAACUUUAAAACUUCUUUUACAUAUAACGAUCUUAAAUUAUUUGCAUAAUCUGCAAGGUUUUUAAAAAUAUAUAUUUUACAUUACAUCUAAGGAAUAAUAUUUCUAGAAAGUCCUUGGAGGAACUCCUUCAUAAACAAAUCCAGAGCAUCAGUAUUGUAAGAACAGUUUCCCUUGCAUGUACGGAGAUGCAUAUCCAAAGAUUUAUUUUCAUGCUUUGCUGUCAGGGACAAAAUAUCUAUUCUAUGCAUUAACAAAAAGAAUGUUGUAGAAAUAUUAUACAUUCCUCUUACAUAUGGUAUGUGUAUCCCAAUAUUAAUGUUCAGAUUCUUUUAUGUUAAAAUCAUUUGUAUUUCUUUCCAUGUUGUAGAAAUGCAAGGAGGCAUGUUCCAGACUAAAUGGUCAUUGUGGAAAGCGCAGGUUAAUGUCUAUGUGUUUUUAAUGUAUUAAGUGGAUUUUUUUUUUAGGUUGUCAUUCUGCCAAAACAUAAUCUAAUAGUUAAUAGAAAACCAAUGGUUUACUGACAAAGCUUUAAAUUAUUGUAAUGGACUACCAUCAACACUCUAAUCUCUCUGUAGUAAUCAGUGAUUUUGUUACUAACUUGCAUUCUUUUUUCCACAACAUUUACUGCUUCUGGAAGCAAACCAAAAAAGUAUUGUGAGUUAACUUUAGUUUUUAAAAUAAACUUUAGUUAAUAAAAUAAUUGCACUCAUAAUUUGAGAAAGAAUAUAUUCAUCUAGGUUGUCUUGAAUAGUAAUUCUCAAGAUUAAAUAUGUUAGUAAAAGGCAAGACAAUUAAUGUGCAUGAGUAAGUCCUGCCCUCCACAGCUUGAGUCAGAAUAAGAAAUGUUAUUCUUUAUUCUUUCUGUAAAGCUGAUAGAACAUUUAGCCAAUUAAACUCUAAGAGAGCACCAUCUACCCUCAUUCAGACCUGCUAUGUUCUAUGAAUGAUUAGAUGUUGGUGUACUGGCUCUGGAACUGUUGCUGCUGUGCUGAAAAGGCACUGCUUUGGGGACCCACAUUAUCCUGGGGAUUUGAGCAAGAAUCAAAAAAUUACUCCUGCCAGACUGUCUGAGCUUUUUUUUUUUUUUUUGGCAUAAUUUUUAGAAUUAAAGGUACAUUGCAGGCAAACAAGUUCUUUAGUAGUUGAUACAAGGGUGCUAGCCACAUUAAUCCUUACAUAUUUUUGUCUAUGAUGCAAUUGCACUGCAUGGAAACAAAAAAACAGUUAAAACCUACCAUCUGUAGUAUCUUGGUAGACUAAUGCAUACUAUUUUUAGAACGAAACAAACUGAAAUUUGUUUACAUUUGCAUCUGAGAUAAUCUGUCCA